AUGCAGUGCAACUUCUGUUUACAAAUGGUCUCGAAUCCCGAAUGCUGGCCACGAAUCGCUAUCGCUAUUACAGCUUCAUUUCAUUACAUCCCUCUAUACAUACCUCUACAACUUCACACACGUGACAUCACUUUACACACGUACCAUAUAACCCUGAAAUCAAUAGUAGGCAACUUAACACAGGCAGCCCACUGGGCCUGUCCCCCUAGACCGUUCUGUGAGCAAAUGCAGUGCAACUUCUGUUUACAAAUGGUCUCGAAUCCCGAAUGCUGGCCACGAAUCGCUAUCGCUAUUACAGCUUCAUACGUGAAACUUUUCCGUAUCCUCGCUAGCAUCCGCAGACCCGCUACAUCCAGUUCACUCCUCUCCAUCCUCCGAUGCCCACAGAGAACACGACGCACGUCCGUCAGUUACAUUCCUCUCCUUCAACUCGAUAAGAUUAACAAUACAUGGAAUACAAGAGCAACCAUACGACUGAUCGCUACCUUGACAUGCCUUAUUAUACCGGUACAUAGCUGUCAACAAACGGUACUUCUACUAACCAUGGUGUCACAAUGCGAUCCCUCGAAUAACAAUUGCCAUAACCAAACAACAGUCAUCAUUCGUCUAAUCCAAAUGCAACCAGAUGCAUGCCUCCAACUAAAAUACGGCGAUAAACAAUUCUACUUCAUGCGCAUCUCCAUGUACAAACUAGUUCUGAGAUGCCGUAAAGAAACCUUAUACUUUACACGCAAUACAAUUAGAAACGUUCAAUACAAGAAGCGCUGCCCCCACAUGGGCACCUGCUCCGGUAAUAAAUGCGCAAAAAUCAGUUUCGACAAACUUUUCGAUAAUCCUGUGGAGGCUGUUCAUACGGAUACCCUUCUUCCCUCUUCUGGAUGCCUCUUUUAUCGGAUCUAUCAGGACCACCAGACGAUAGAAUAUACGAAAUCUUCCAGUGCCGAUCAUGAUUUGAAGCAAUCUCCCUCGAGGUACAAAUUAAUUCCAUACAACCCAUCUCUCAUACUUUCAAAUUAA